AUGAUUGGCACCGUCUCAAAAAUGAGUGUUGUAUACGCUAUAUUAUCGCUGUGUGUAGCAGAAUGCGCCCGAGUAUCGUUUUACUCGGUUGGUUUCCUGUUGCCAAAUGACCCUGGUGGAUACAGGCCGGCGUUGCGACGGCGGUCGGUGUCUACAGUUGCGUCACGUGCAUUACCUCUAAUGGCAUCACCUAUGGACGACAUGGCUGUGUCCGAUCUCGACUCUGACUUUGAAUCAGAUAAUUUCGACGCCGACGAUGGAAAAGACAUCACGGAGUCCGAUAUUGCGGAGAUGCUGCAACUGAUCAAAGAUGUAAAACAAGGCAAGUUGGGCCCCAAAUGGAAGCAAGAUAUGGAAGAUGCUGAGGCUAUAUAUAACCGUAACGCGUCUGCUCUGGAAAAGCAUCCUUGGAUGUCUGACGAUUCGCCUAAACCUGAUGUCACUGAACUUUUAAAGGAGCGUGAUGAGUUUUUGGAGAAGCAGCUUAAUGAGGUAUUCGAUAUCUCUGGAUUGGAACACCCUACGGAGGAGGAGAUCGAGCGAAGCCUUGAAAUGAUGAAAAGUGAGAAUACGAAUGAUGUGGGCGGUGGCGAGCCUGAUAAUUCCGAAGUUUCGGGUGAUGAAGAGUACUUCCAGAAUGUUGCUGAUGGUAAACUGAGGUCUGAAGAGCUGAAGAAACUAGUUCAUAGUUUUUACCGAGAGAAAGGUAUGCUAAACGAGCCCGUUGUGAGGACUACGGUAGACCGUUUUAGGCUUCACUGGCGACAGAACAAACACACCUUUGACAUCUGGUUCCCAUGUGUAUCUCCAGAUGACGAGGACAAUGACUACUCAGUGAAAUUUAUGCCACAAGAGUUGACCAUUACCUACAAGGGUACUCCUUUUGUGUUAAAGCUUCGGGGUAAGGUGGACGUUGAUGGAUGUUUCUGGUGUAUGCAAGAAUUGCCUGAUGUAGGUAAGGUGGUUGGUAUGGUUUUGCGUAAGCGCGUUCCUGCCUACUCGGGUACGUGGGCACACCUUCUGAGCGUCGCGUCGACCGCACUACGAGAGCCCUAA